UAAGCAUCGUUGACAUCUCCCCCCCUCCACUGCCGUCAUGUCUAAGUCAGAGUCACCCAAAGAGCCCGAACAGCUGCAGAAGCUCUUCAUCGGAGGUUUGAGCUUUGAAACAACCGAUGAGAGUCUGAGGAGCCAUUUUGAGCAGUGGGGAACGCUCACAGAUUGUGUGGUAAUGAGGGAUCCAAACACCAAACGCUCCAGAGGCUUUGGGUUUGUCACAUAUGCCACUGUGGAGGAGGUGGAUGCGGCCAUGAAUGCAAGGCCACACAAGGUGGACAGAAGAGUGGUGGAACCAAAGAGGGCUGUCUCAAGAGAAGAUUCUCAAAGACCUGGUGCCCACUUAACUGUGAAGAAGAUUUUUGUUGGUGGCAUUAAAGAAGACACUGAGGAACAUCAUCUAAGAGAUUAUUUUGAACAGUAUGGGAAAAUUGAAGUGAUUGAAAUCAUGACUGAUCGAGGCAGUGGCAAAAAGAGAGGCUUUGCUUUUGUAACCUUUGAUGACCAUGACUCUGUAGACAAGAUUGUCAUUCAGAAAUACCACACUGUGAAUGGCCACAACUGUGAAGUAAGGAAAGCCCUAUCUAAGCAAGAGAUGGCUAGUGCCUCAUCCAGCCAAAGAGGUCGAAGUGGUUCUGGAAACUUUGGUGGUGGUCGUGGAGGUGGUUUUGGUGGGAAUGACAACUUUGGUCGUGGAGGAAACUUCAGUGGUCGAGGUGGCUUUGGUGGCAGCCGCGGUGGUGGUGGAUAUGGUGGCAGUGGGGAUGGCUAUAAUGGAUUUGGUAAUGAUGGUGGUUAUGGAGGAGGCGGCCCUGGUUACUCUGGAGGAAGCAGAGGCUAUGGAAGUGGUGGACAGGGUUAUGGAAACCAGGGCAGUGGCUAUGGCGGGAGUGACAGCUAUAACAAUGGAGGAGGCGGAGGCGGCUUUGGCGUUAGUAGUGGAAGCAAUUUUGGAGGUGGUGGAAGCUACAAUGAUUUUGGCAGUUACAACAAUCAAUCUUCAAAUUUUGGACCCAUGAAAGGAGGAAACUUUGGAGGCAGAAGUUCUGGCCCCUAUGGUGGUGGAGGCCAAUACUUUGCCAAACCCCGAAACCAAGGUGGCUAUGGUGGUUCCAGCAGCAGCAGUAGCUAUCAGUGGCAGAAGGUUUUGAUUACUGCCAGGAAACAAAGCUUAGCAGGAGAGGAGAGCCAGAGAAGUGACAGGGAAGCUACAGGUUACAACAGAUUUGUGAACUCAGCCAAGCACAGCGGUGGCAGGGCCUAGCUGCUACAAAGAAGACAUGUUUUAGACAAUACUCAUGUGUAUGGGCAAAAAAACCUCGAGGACUGUAUUUGUGACUAAUUGUAUAACAGGUUAUUUUAGUUUCUGUUCUGUGGAAAGUGUAAAGCAUUCCAACAAAGGGUUUUAAUGUAGAUUUUUUUUUUGCACCCAU